CUUCACCAUGAAGACACUUGCAUCUUACCCUUUCUUCUUUCUCUGCUGUGGCCUUGCAUGGUCUGAGCUGAAAACGGUCAGAAGAUGUUUACGUGAGAAGGUCAUCAUAUUCCCAGAGCAGGCCACCAAAAACUAUGUGCAGCUCCAUGCAAAUGACACUAUGGAUUUCCCUGGAAUCACCGUGUGUCUGCGAUUCUACACUGAUGAAUCCAGCAAAAACCAAAGUCUUUUUUCUCUGGCUACACCAUCUGAGGCUAAUGACUUCACCAUAUCCUUGUCACCCAUCAACCUAUACAAGCUGCAGGUUCACGGCACCAGCUCUGAAUUUAACGGACUGCCGUUCAAACUAAACCGAUGGAACUCAGUUUGCGCAACCUGGAACUCUGUCAGCGGUUUCGCUCAGGUGUUUGUCGAUGAAGUGCCCAGCGUACAAAAGGCUGUGGCUGUUAAAAACGCUUUUAAAGGUGACUCCAAAGUCGUUCUUGGCCAGAGUCACAAAUCAUACGCAAAUGUGGACUUUAUGCAAGAUCUAGCCUUUACAGGUUUCAUAACAGAUGUACAUGUCUAUAAGGAAGUGUUAACCCCUCGUCUCAUUAAAAACUUCAUGGAGGCAAAGAUUAAAUUUAAACUGGGUGAUUACAUAAACUGGCGUAAUCUCAAACACACAGUUGCAGGUUCUGCUUCUGUGGAACCGAGGCAGCAUGUAACCUUUUAUACCAAUCAAGAGGAGAAUUAG